AUGACACAUAGAAAUGGCACUGAAAUGACUGAAUUCUUUCUUCUGGGAUUUGCUGCCCAACACAGGUUUCAGCAUGUCCUAUUCAUUGUAUUUCUACUCAUCUAUGUGACCUCCAUGGUGGGUAAUAUUGGAAUGAUCCUUCUCAUUAAAGCAGAUUCCAGACUUCAAACACCCAUGUACUUUUUCCUACAGCAUCUGGCAUUUGUUGAUAUCUGUUAUACUUCUGCUAUCACUCCCAAGAUGUUGCAAAACCUCAUAUCAGAAAAUAAGUCAAUUUCAUUCCUGGGAUGUGUAAUGCAAUUAUGGGUUUAUGGUACAUUUAGUACAACUGACUGUUACCUCCUGGCUGCUAUGGCAGUGGACCGUUAUGUAGCCAUCUGUAAACCACUUCAGUAUUCCACAAUCAUGUCCCCUACAGUAUGCACACAAUUCAUAGCUGGUUCAUAUACAAUCAGCUCAAUAAAUGCCUCUGUACACACAAGUUUAUUAUUUUCACUGUCCUUUUGCAAGUCCCACAUCAUUAAUCACUUUUUUGGUGAUGCUCUCCCACUUCUAGCCCUUUCAUGCUCUAACAUUGCCAUCAACAUCAUGCUACUUGUUGUCUUUGUGGGAUUUAACUUGAUGCUCACUAUGUUGGCUGUCAUCUCUUAUAUAUACAUCCUAUCUGCCAUCUUAAAGAUGCCUUCUACUGCAGGGAGGAAAAAAGCCUUCUCCACAUGUGCCUCCCACCUGACAGCAGUCACCACUUUCUAUGGGACCUUCUCUUACAUGUACUUACAGCCUUGUUCUAAGAAUUCCCAGAACAACAUGAAAGUUGCCUCUGUAUUUUAUGGAAUUGUGAUUCCCAUGUUGAACCCCCAAUCUAUAACUUGA